GGGGUAGAGAGUAGUGGUUUGGCGCGCCAGCGACGACCAACACGAAAUUCUCGUUAUAUUUUCAACCGACAGUCGACAGACCAGUGCCGGCGCUCGUGCAACGCGGUUCUAUCUGAAUUUUCACCCCUCAAAUAAAUAAUAACACGAGAACAUACCGGCCCUGCUAAUUAACCAAAAUUAUAAACCUAACUGUGAAGAUAUUUAAAGUGGCAAAAAGUGUUUGUUAAGAUUAUUCAUAUGGACAUGAUUUUGUGAUUAUUAAUUUAAGCCAUUGUUAACGUGAUAAUUGAGCUGUUCGGAUAAAUAGGUGAGCAAAAGUGAUUAUUUAUGUUGGAACUGUGACGAUUCGAAUGAUACGAGAUGGCUGAUUUAACAGUGAUGAGUGAUGGAAAUUUGUGACGUUGAUCAAUUGUCAUUUGCCAUUGACGUGUAAUUGUUGAGACACUGGGAGUUGACAUACGUGGCAAAUUGAAAACCCUUCGAUAGUUUAUUAUCGUUUGGCAUAUAGUUGCGUGACUGUAACGCAAGAAAGUCGAGGUCGUACGCUAAUAUGUAAUUCAUCAAGGCUGUUGCCACUCCUUUUGUUUCAGUUUCACCGUUAUAAUACUUAUAUAUUUUUUUAACAUUCACGUUGAAACUAAUCGAUAAAAUCGUUUGCAAUUCAACCGAAAUAUUUUCCAUACCCGGUGCUAUUUACUAUAUGAUUGAGACAAUGAUAUGUACGGAAAGAAACACAUUGAAAUAGUGGGAGGGCCAAGAGAAAUGACGCCGUUCGGUCAGACUGUAAUCACCACCCCAUCAACAGUGGCCCUGAUUUAUUGGACUUUCACCGGGAUGAUUUGUGCGAUCAUAUGAUAAAUGUAGAACGCAACGUAUUUCAUUUUUUAGUUUAUUUACGUUUAUUUUUACAUUUUAGAACAUUUGUAAAUGGUGAAAAGUUUGGAAUAAUUGAGUGAAUAAUAGAUGUGCUCGGAGAUAAAAUCGUGAAUAAUUCGGAGUGUAUUCCUCAUGAAGGAGCGCCCCUCGGCGCAUCCGAGGUCCCCUUCCCCUAAAAUUCAGACUGUUGACUCCUCAUCUGUCCUCCCCACGUGUGCGACGAGGAGUUAUUUGUGUAAUUGAUCAAAGACAAUAUGAGUGAAACGAUGAGUGUUGAGCAGCACAGUCAGCAGCAGCAAUACGUAGGCGGUAGUUCAAAUUCCGAGCUGCACUGUAAGGACUGUGGACUUAACUUUGACAGUGAUAAAAGUCUAGGUGUUCAUAUUCGUUAUCACCAGGAGAACCUGUUGAAUCAGUGGGCCAAUCCCAGUCAACAGGAAGAGAGUAAUAAUAAUAAUAGUAAAGCUGGUAAUCACAAUAGUCACGUAAAACGUGAGAGUGUAACAGCACCAGCGGAUUCCAGUGAAUCAUCAUCGAGACCACCAUCCACUGGUGGUUCAACUGUGGCUCCCCAACAGCAACAGUCAAAUCAGGGACAGCAAAAUCCAUCAGGAUCAUCGCAAAGCGGACAGCAACCGGUCCCACCAGGUUACACCCACUUUUCAACCCCAAUGUUCAGUGAAACAUCGUACUUCAUGCAGAACGAUCAAGCAUAUUUGCUGCAGCAUCAGCAUCAUUAUUCACCGCCAAAUGAUGAUCCACAGACAGCCAGUAACUAUCCACCAAGGUAUCAUCCGUACCAGCAUCCACAGCAUUAUCAGCCAGAGAGGACGAAUUCCGUGAGCUCAUCGAGCCCGAGAAGUCCACCGCAGUGUGACAAGUGCGGUAAUGUCUUUGAUGAUGCCAAUCAACUAGCUGAACACGUCAGAUCAAAUCAUCCAACAUCACCGAGUGCAUAUGCGGGCCAGCCGCAGUACCAGCAGUUGGGAUCUAGCCCACAGCACUCACAGCCACAACAACAGCAGCAGCCAACUCCUGCUACUCAAAUGCACUCGUCACCACUGCAAAACAGUCAAUCAUCUCAACCACAAAAUUACGAUUACAAUGGGGGUGGUGGGAAGAGUGAAUCGAAGGAGCAAGAGGAUCAGGCCGAAAUUCUCGACCUUGACUCCCACAAAGUGCAAACACACAGGUAUGAGGAGGAAAUGAUGAGAAUACAUCAGCAGGAAAUGCAAAUGCAGAUUCACCAUCAACAGCAACAGCAGCAGCAACAACAACAGCAGCAGCAGCAGCAGCAGCAGCAACAGCAAGCAGCGCUUGCUCAGCAGAGAGGGGCACCGCAUUCGGUGAGUUCCAUGCUUGGUUGGCCACCAGCACAGCCUCAUGAUUACCAUUCUGGUAUAUCGCCAAUGGUUCCCUUAGACAGUGGUUCACCGUUACCAGAUCAACGGCAAUUUAUGCCGACACAGCAUUUAUCAGUUGAGCCCCCACGACUCGCUGGCUCACCAAUAAUAACAAGCACCCAACCAAUGCCUGGGCAUCAUAUGCCAGGUGGACUGUUACAACAGCCACCAAAACCACCGAGUGGUAAUCAAUCGUGGAAGAGUAACGAGGCGCGAAGACCAAAGACAUACAACUGCACAGCGUGCAACAAGUGGUUCACAAGCUCCGGCCACUUGAAGAGGCAUUACAACACAACGUUACAUAAAAACGCCGUUAAACAGAGCAAUCAACCUGAUCCAGCAAAUAUGCCAAUAUCAGCGCAUCAUCAUCCAGGAAGGGACAAUGCACCUGGUGGAAGAGGCGGACCAUCUCGUUCACCGGAGUUAUCUACCUCAGGGAGUCCCCCAAACUUGAUGGCAGGUCCCUCGGUAGAGGCGGCGAGGGGCCUGCUCAACACGCCAAUCAAUCACCCGUACAUCACCAGCAAUUCCAGCAACGGCAGCUCCAACAGCAACGACUCUACGACAUCUCUGGGUCAUCAGCAGCAUCAGGUACAAUCACCCCAACAGGGUCAAUCUACAACGGUGAAACACAUUGCCACCUCAAUGGUACCCCUCAAUUCACCAGUACAAUCACCAAUGGGGGUCCAUCACCAUCAGCAAAUGGGUUCACCAUCGCCCCAAUUACCUCAACACCACCUACCAAUAGGUUCACCAUCCCAAAUGCAACAUCAUCCCAUGAAUUCACCCAUAUCCCCCAUGCAUCCACCGCCACCACCCCAACACCUCAAUUCCCCUUCACCAAUGGCAUCAUCCCAUCAUCACAUGAAUUCACCAUCGCCCAUAAUGCCGGGAGUAUCGCCAAUGGUUUCACCACCGAUGGGGGGUACUACGAUGCCUCAUCAGCCGUACCCAAACGCCUUGCCCCCCCACGUUACAACCACUACCAAUAUCCAGGUACUAAUGGACUCUAUCACCAGCCAACUAAUUACUACUGGUGAUGUGUCAACGAGUACACCAUUUGAGAGUCUGGAUACAUUACCCGGUUUUGGCACCUUCAGUAAUCAUCAGAGAGCCUUACCAAGCUUCACUGAGUUUGGUAUAACCGGAUUUUUAGGUGGCCACAAUCAACCACAGGCCAUUAACGUGGGGGGGCUAAGCCCUGAGGAACGUAUUCCUCAAGAUAAAUCAUUUGAUUCAUCACCAUCUAGCUACGAAGCAUAUAAUAACUCACCACCCAAGUAUGAGUCAUUGACAAGCAUGGAUUCACCUAUUGGAUCAAUUCAUGGAUCCAUACCAAAUGGAAUGAUUAUAAAGCAGUACGAGGUUCUUCAGCAUCAGGGGCACAUUCAACUUCGUGAUUAUCGACACAUGGAAGCUAACAAUAAUUUGCCUCCUAGAUUGGCCAAGGAGGAGGUAAAUCCCAAUAUUGUUAAAGGCAAAAUGGCCAAGAAAAAAGUGACAAGUACCAAGGAACAUCAAGUCACCAGUACAAACACUGGAUCUCAUUAUAUAUCGCAGGACGGCUUUCACAAGUGCAUCGAGUGCGACAAGGUAUUCAAUAAGGCUUGCUACUUGACACAACACAACAAGAGCUUUCACUCUGGGGACAAGCCGUUCAAAUGCAAUCAGUGUGGCAAACGUUUUCCACAUGAGACACUACAUGCUGAACACCUGCAGAAGCAUGCCGGUGACAAGCCAUACAAGUGCGAAGUAUGUCCCAAGCAGUUUAACCACAAGACGGACCUCAGACGGCACAUGUGCCUACAUACUGGCGAAAAGCCGUACGCCUGUGAUACAUGCGGCAAGGGAUUCAUCAGGAAGGAUCACAUGAUGAAACACCUAGAUACGCACAAGAAAAAAGCUAACAGUCACAAUGUACACCUGAGGGCUUGAAUCAAUCUCGCACAGGUGCUUUCCAUCGACAUUAUUCCUUUCAAAUAACAUUUACUGAAUUCAUUCAUCCCUUCUCCUAAAGUGUUGUUUUUUUUUUUUUCAUUUCAAUUCAUUUCAAUGAAUUUUCAUAGGGAAAUAUUUUCAGUUGCAUUCUUGAGGAUAUUUUAUUGCUCAAAGAUAUUUAUUACAUUACACUUGAGUGAAAUAUUUGCAGGGAAUUCUUGUUGAUUCUGUUCUGAUAUUUCGGAACUUGUGGAGCGAUUUUCUUUUACAUCUCAAAGGUGAAGAUUUACUUUUUUUUCUUUCUUCAAUUCGGAAAUGCAGUGGGUGGAGUUGAAAGUUCAUUUUGACUCGAUCAACUGCAAAGUUUCAUACACAUUCCUGUCCGAUUGUACUCAAUUUAGGAUAAUGAUCAUAAAAAAUGAAAGAGCUCCGACAAAUUGUAAAUCUUGAUCUAAUAUUAAUGAGUAUUGAUUAAUUGAUAUUGAAGCGAACCUUCGAAGCUUAUCGACUGUACAAAAUACGUUAAAUGUAUAGGCAUAUUAUUAUUAUUAUUAUAUUAUUGUAAUUAUUGAUUCAAUGUGAUCAAAUAGAUUGCGAACAAAAUUCCUACAUCAUAAUACUCGUAAUUUUAUAGUAUAUAUAUCAUAGUUACGCGGAGGAUUUAGAAAAACAAUGAGACGUAGAGUUUCAGAUAAAAAAAUCACAAUGACAAAAAAAAUUUGAGCGAGAAUAAAUGAUUAUUGUAAAUGAACCAAUGUGAAAACGAGUGCUCGAGGCGAUAAAAUCAAUUUCUUAUUUUAUUCUCCACCCGUUAAAAUAUUGAAUGAUUAUGAAUAAAUUACUUGACAUCGU